AUGGGACCCCUUCCAAAUAUCUAUGUCUUUGCUUGUGUCUUUACAUUCACACUAUGGAAUAAUAUCCAGCCAACUGUGGAAAAUGAAUUUAUUGCAAAUUAUUCAAGCAAUUUGCUAACUAAUGUUCCAAAAAACAUUCCAGUCCAUACUCAUGUGUUAGAUUUAUCACAUAAUAGGAUCUCUGGACUUAGUAUCUCAGAAUUUAUUUCUCUUUCUGACCUUCAAGUAUUAAAUCUUUCUCAUAAUCUAAUUACGGAGCUUGACUUCAGUGUCUUAAUUUUUAAUGAAGAUUUAGAAUACUUAGAUUUAUCUCAUAAUAACAUUUUGAAAGUUUACUGUCAAACUCUUGCAUAUCUUAGACAUUUAGAUCUUUCUUUCAAUAAGUUUACUGCCCUGCCCAUCUGUCAGGAAUUCGGGAACAUGUUUCGGUUGGAGUACUUAGGAUUAAGUGCCACGAUGAUACGAAGGUCAGACUUCAGGUAUAUCAUACGUUUGCAGCUACACACUGUCCUCCUAACCUUAGAAGACUUUUCUCUGUAUGAGCCUCGGAGUCUGACAGCCUUGAAUACAAGGAGCCUCCAUAUUGUUUUUGCAGCAAACCAAAACUUCAGUUUUUCCCUCUUGUAUGAUGGAAUGAGCACUUCAGAAAGCUUAAAAAUAGUUAACUUAAGAUAUAACUUGAGCUACAAAGAUUUCCCCUCUCCUUCUUUAACGCUUCUGAAGAAAAUCAAGACAACAGCUCUGAUGCUUGACACUGUGGACUUACAAUGGGCUAUCAUUUUGCAAAUUUUCCUGUUUAUUUGGUGUUCACCUGUGGAGCAUUUGACUGUGAGAAAUUUGACUUUUCGGGGACCACUGGGGGAGCUGACUGAGUAUGAAUUUCUACCCUUAUUAAGCUCUCUGGAACAAUUAAUAUUUUUGGGUGGCUCCAUGAAAGUACUAACUUUGGAGCAUGUUCGUAAUAAAGUUUUUUAUUUCAACCAGGAGAUUCUAUACCGACAGUUUUCAGAGAUGAAUAUUGCCAGUUUGACAAUAUAUGAUGCAUAUAUGCCACACAUGCUUUGCCCCAAUAGAACAAGCUCAUUUCAGUAUUUAAAUUUUUCUCACAAUGCCCUGACGGAUGAAUUGUUCCAGAAUUGUGGUACUCUGACAGAUCUGAAAUUACUUAUUUUGGAGAGGAAUAAAUUUGAGAGCCUUUCCAAGGUAAGCUUCAUGACCAGCCGUAUGAAAUUGCUGCAAUAUUUGGACAUGAGCAACAACUUGCUGAGUCACGAUGCAGCUGAUGUGCAAUGCCGGUGGGCUGAGUCUCUGACAGAAUUGGACCUGUCCUCAAAUCAGUUGACGGAUUCCGUGUUUGAGUGCUUGCCAGUCAACAUCAAAAAACUCAACCUACAAAACAAUCAGAUCACCAGUGUCGCCAAGGGGAUGGCUGAGCUGAAAUCCUUGGAAGAGCUGAACCUGGCAUCGAACAGGCUGGCUGACCUGCCGGGGUGCAGUGGCUUUAUGUCCCUGGAGUUCCUGAACAUAGAGAUGAAUUUGAUCCUCACCCCAUCUGCUGACUUCUUCCAGAGCUGCCCAAGGGUCAAGGAGCUACAAGCCGGGUACAACCCGUUCAAGUGUUCCUGUGAACUGCAAGACUUUAUCCGUCUGGAGAGGCAGUCUAGGGGGAAGCUGUUGCACUGGCCGGAGGCGUAUGUGUGCGAGUACCCGGAAGACUUGCGAGGAACGCUGCUGGAGGACUUCCACCUGACUGAACUGGCUUGCAACACGACACUCUUGCUUGUGACAGCUCUGCUGCUGACGCUGGGGCUGGUGGCUGGCCGGGGCCUUUUUUGCAUAUGA